AUGGGGGCGGUCGGGCCGCGCGCCGUCCCUGCACCCCCGCCCCCAGCCCUGGGCUCCGCCAUUCGCCGGUCCGCCGCGGACGGGAGCGGAGACUGCAGCGCGACUUUGCCAUCAGUGUUGGUGCUGAACCCUGGCUGGCCCCACCAAGGGGAGGGCCUCACCGCUGGGGAUGCAGACGCACCAGCGAACUUCGACAGUGGCCCAGGCCACCUGCCGGAGGAGGACCUUGAGGAGACCUCUGCUCAGGAUCCUGAAGUUCUGAGCCUGGGGCUCCUUGGCCUGGACACCAACCGAGCCCCCAACUGGCCUGGGCUCCGGACGCUCCUGCAGCAGCUCCCUCCUCAGGACGGCGAUGAGCGAUACCGCCUGGCCCUUGGGGAGGAGGAGCUGGCUGAGCUCCGGCUCUUCUGUGCCCAGCGGAGGCGUGAGGCCCUGGGACAGGGGGUGGCGUGCCUGAUACCUCCCAAGCUCCAAGAAUGCACCUGUGAAAAGUGCAGGGAGCGCCUGAGGCCAGGGGAAUACGGAGUGUUUGCAGCCAGGGCAGGAGAGCGGCCCUGCUGGCACCAGGCUUGCUUUGCUUGCCAGGCUGGUGGCCAGGCCCUGAUGAACCGCAUCUACUUCGACCACGAUGGGCAUCUCUCCUGCGGCCAUCAUCAUGCUGAGCUGUUGAGGCCACGCUGCCCUGCUUGUGACCAGCUGAUCUUCUCCCCACGCUGCACCGAGGCGGAGGGAUGGCGCUGGCACGAGAACCACUUCUGCUGCCAGGACUGCGCCGGGCCCUUGGGGGGUGGACGCUAUGCUUGGCCGGGGGGCGGCCCCUGCUGCCCCACUUGCUUUGAGAGUCGCUACUCGGAUGCCGGCUGGAGCCUGGCCGCGACCCUGGAAGGAAGGCCGCCCCUUGCAGCGCCCCCGUCCUCCAACCGCACCCCCAAACCCGAGCUUCGGGGCCCGCAGCUCUCACCACGCAUCCCUGGCCGGAGCGCUCCGAGGGCCUCCCGAGCCCAUCCCGCGCCGCGGGUGAGGUUGCGGCGCGGGACUGGCUCCCGGACUGGGGAUGCUGCCGCCCUCUGGUGGGCGGAGGCGGGGAGAGGGCGAGGAGCCCGAGGGGACCAGCGCGGCGGCCUGCGCACCCUCGGGGCGUGGCCGGUGGGGGGAAGGGGGGCCCUAGCCGGGAGAGGGAGGCGCCCUUCCCGGAUUUGCGGGUGUGAGACGCAGGCCUCGGAGAAAGGCCUGUCUGACCCGGAGGAGCAGGGGAGGCGGGGCUCUCGCAGAGCUGAAGGAGGGGACCGCGCUCCGCUACCCUCCGCGGCCGUCAGCUCCAGUCCAGAAACCCAGAGGCGGCUGCUGGGGUCCUGCCGGGAGCAGGACAGCCCAGCUGGGGACAAGGCGGAGGCGCCCAGAGGACGCGGGCAGGGCCCCCUGGAAACGUCCAUUGGUCCCAAGGAGGACGUCCCCUGCCCCACCUGCUCCUCUUCCUCCGACUCAGAACCCGAAGGCUUUUUCUUAGGUCAGCGCCUUCCCCGGCCCUGCGCGACCCUGAGACGCCUCCAGGCUGAUGACAGUGGCACCUCCAGGAAGCGUUGCACCGUUUGCUAG